AUGCUCCGGGAACUCCCUCUUUUUGUUGGUCGAAGAGGGAGAAUUGUCAGGCGUCACUGCUUUGAGGGGACACCGGGUGUGAAAGCACCCCUUGAAGAAUCGUCGAGCCCGUUAGAUGUAUUCACCAGUGUUUUCCCAGAGGAGUUGUUCCAAACCAUUGUGGACGAGACGAAUCGGGGUGGGAGGACAACGGUGCGGGAAGUCCGCUCCUAUGUCGGCUUACGAUUCCUGAUGGGCCUUCAGUCGAAGAGGGACCAGAGGGAAUGGUGGUCGACGGACCCGUUGAUGUCGUCAUCGGUGUUCGUCAAGACGAUGACCAGGGACCGCUACGAAGCCCUGACCUCCGCGCUCCACUUCGCUGACAACGAAGGGGAGCAUCCCGCGGAGGACAGGCUUUGGAAGCUGUGCCCUGUGUUAGACGUCUUGGAAUCUAUGUAUCGAUCCGUCUUCGUCCCGAACAAGAACGUGACCGUCGACGAGAGCUUGUGGGCCUUCAAGGGGCGUCACCACGCCCUCCAGUACAAUCCGAGCAAGGGGGCUCGAAGAGGGCUGAAGGUCUACAAGGUUUGCUCGGCCGGCGGUCCAGAGGCAGGGUAUAUGGCGGCCUUCAAGAUCUACAUGGGGCAAGACCGCGGCGUAUUUCCAUCCAGCAUGAAGGCCGUCACCGACCUGCUGGAGAAGGCAGAUCUACUCGACAAGGGGUACCAGUUACACACCGACAACUAG